AAGCGUACGCUACUCGCAGCUACACCACACUCGCGACUCGCGUUAGCUUAAUCGUACAUCACACAUCGUUUUUGGACGGGCGUCUAUUGUAUUAACGGCAUCGCCGAUGCAAAUUCUAAUAAAACGAAAAGUCUACCAACAAAGCGUAGCAAUUUUUGCGACCAUAAACAAAACGUUCAGCAAGAAGCAGAGCGUUAAAGGAAAGCACGCGCAUGAAACCAAACACUAAUUCACAUACAAACACACAUAGAAAAAAAAAAUAACGGGUAUUUUGGAUGCGGACGCGUUUAAUUUGGACAGCUGUACUAAUUUAUGACCAGGUGCAUAGAUAAAAAUUUAUCAGAGCCGAAAAAAAGAGGCUGUAUUGAAAUUUAUAUAAAAAUACAUAUACAUUGUAUAUGUCAAUAUAUGUAGGUAUAUGCACAUGUAUGCAUACACAUAUGCAAAUUGAAGAACCUUGGUGCGGUUGCAGCGAAAAUAGUGUUAAAUAAGUCGUUUAGCGUCUCGCACAGUCCACGCUAAACAAGUUUUGGCGAAAAAGUGCAAAAGCAAAAGAAUUUUUUUUGUUGCAAAAAUAUCGAAAGGCCAAAAAGUGUAAGCCAAAAUAGUGGUGUGAUUCCGUGUUUAAAAAUAGUCAUUCAGCAAUAAAGCGCUUGCCGUGUCAGCGUGCCACGGCCAAACACGACAAAAGAAAAGGAAAAACAGAAAAAGUUUUGAAAAAUAAAAAUAACAAAGUACAGGAAGUGCAAAAUACAGCAAUAAAAGCGAAAAUAAACAUUCGCGGCGAAGCGUUGCAUGCAGCAAACAUCUUCCAAAAAACGCUUGGCAGGCGGACGCACCUCAUCCACACUGCGCGUACGUGGCUCCAGGGACGAUAGCGCAGCCGGCAAAUCCUAUACAGAGCCGAUGCGCGGCGACCGGUUGCUGCAGGACGAGGAAGAUUUACACGAAGUAUCCGAAAAUUUCGUCUCCUCAUCGACUAGGGGACCGGAGUUGGUGCGCGCAAUAAUCGACGAACAAAUGGAGCUGGACAAUGAUAUACUCGAUGAAGAAGACUGUGAAGUACAUUCCAUAACAAGCGGCGUGCGCUAUCACAAUAACGACCAAGCACGACAAAUGCUGCAUUGCACCGUUAAAACAGUAUUCCCAGCACCAGCGCUGAGCGACAAACAAUUUUUCACAUCACACACAACGAAUUUGAGCGGCAACAAGCGCCAUUAUGGCAGCGACGAAGAGGACACCGAUUCGGAUACAUAUUCCAGCAUGUGUGAGAUAAAGAAAACUGAAGGACUACUAUCGAUAGCGUUGAAGACGAUCAAACUGGUGAAACGCAAUCAAUUGUUGCAACGGCGUUUGGCGCAGCUGCAGCUCGAGACAUCGGAGUUUAUACAAUCGGUGAUGGCGAAUCCGGAGAAUCGACACAUUCGCAAUAACAUGAAUUCGCCGGCAACAACAAUAUCGUCAACGCCGUCAUCACCUUCCAUGCCUUCACCUUCAACAGAAUCACCGCUACAAUCGCCAACAACAACAACAUUGCAGCAGAGUCAAAACGCGACGGAGGCCUAAAAUGUAGCUUGUGCCAGAGAACGCCGAAGCGUAGUUUUAACGUAUUGUAGCAAGCAGCAUGUUGCUAGCACUUUGCAAUAUAUUGCCUACACUUUUUCAUGUUGCGAUGCACAAUUCAACUAACAUUUAUACAUUUAUAUUAUAGAUAUCCGCACACACAUCAUUUGAGUGCUUUGCUUUUGCGCGCCGUGUUUUUGUUUUUGGUUAUUCUUUUGUUGGCAGUUACUCAAGCUGUUUGCAUUGCAUACUUGCAGGCGUACCUCAAUUCAAUCUCAAAAUAUGUGAUAAAACAGCAAAAACAAUGCAAGCACACCACAGCAUUGCCGCUAUUUAUAAAUAAUCAAAUCAAAUCAAAUCAUAUACACGCAUAGACAUACACAUAUAUAAUAUAUUAUAUAAAUAACUAUAUAUAUUUAUAUAAAAUACCUAUAUAUAUUUAUAUAAAAUACCUAUAUUUGUAUGUAUAUGCGGCAGCUACAUAUGUAUGUACAAUAUAUUCGUACAUAUGUACAUACCUACAUAUGAUUAGUUCUUAACUGUAGUAAUAACACAUAGCAUAUAGAGAAAAGUUAAAGAAAAACCAACAACAACAACAAAAAUAAUACAAAAAAUAUUUAAAUAUAGUGAAACUACUCAUUUACUAUUAGCAUUAAAAUAUGUAACUAGUCACAACAACUGGCAAGCGCUCGCAAUAGCCUAAGAGCAUACAGCAAAAGAGGUUCGGGAAUGGGGGAGGAAGUAGCAAAACACUCAGCCCACAUUUAUACAAACAUAUUUAGCAAAACUAUUACCUUUGUAGCGAUCUCAAAAAAAAAUAUAUAAAAUUUUCUCUAACAAUCAUUCAUAGCACUAUAACACAUUUGUUGCCCACAUCGCUUACUGCAAUUACUUCUGUUACGCAAUGAAAUUAAACUUUUAAUAAGUGAAAAUAUCGAAAUUUUGCGCUUAAGUUACAAAAAAAAAUCUUAACAAAAUUAUAACAUUUUGAAAACAAACACUGCUCAAUUUGAGAGUACAUUUUUUUGCUUACAAAUUAUAUAAAUAUAAAUUUUUAUGCAUUUUCGUCUUAAAUUAAUGCUUUUUGUACGAAAAACCAUUGCUGCUGAUAAAAAUUUGCCAAAUAUUUCUAAGCUUAGUAUCGUAGCGUUUAGCUUGGCUUUUCAGCUUUGUUCAAAUUCAAUUGCGUUUUUGUUAUUGUUAUUUUUCAUGCAAACAUGCAUUUGUAGCACUGAGCAACUAUAGUAUUUUAAAUGAUUAUUGUAUAUGUAGCAACUAAUGAAUUUGUAUUAUUAAUUUCUGUAUGGAAAAAGUACUGAUUGGUAACUAAAAGUUUAACAUUUUAUUGAGCGUAGUAAAUAAAAUGUGAGCGUAGUUUGUAAAUGGUAGUGAGACGUUGAAAAUUUAAUGUAAAAAAUGAUAUGUAAUAGACUAAGCAAGUAAGAUGUGUAAUGUUUGUCGGAUCAGCGAAAAAAACAUUUAACAAUAAAAAUAUUUAAAAUAAAAUAUUUAUUUUAAAAUACUUUCAUUUUAUACAAUAUUUUAAAUUUAUGGAGGCGCUCAAAUGCUAAAAACUAAAUAUUUUAUAAGCCAAAAAAUAAAAAAAAGUAAAAAUAAACAAUUUUAAUUUAAAUAUUGUUUAUAAAUUAAAUAAAUGAAAAUAAGUGACAAUUUUUUGGAAAAUCUAAAAUUAUAUUUAAUAUCAGCAAAUUUUAUAAAAUAUACAUAUAUCUAUAUAAAAAAGUAUAAAAGAAAUUUUAUUUGUAUGAAAAAAUAAAGUAAAUCAGUCAAAUGUUUGAAAAAAUGUGGGUUUAAACUGUCUUAUGCCAAAAUUAAAAAUAUGCAAAUGCUAAAAAAUUUUAGAUUUCAGGAAAUAAAAAAAAAACAUUUUACUUAUUUUAAUUAUUUUGCCUCUGUAAAAAAUUAAAAAUUAAAAUUAUUUUUAACGUUAAAAAUUCAAAAUAGUUUUGUUAAAAAAAGUUAAAACUUUUUAUAAUAUAAAAAUUUAAUGCUUGAAAUAAAAAAUGAAUACUAAGUUUUUUAAUUAAGUUUUUAAUUUUUAUAAAUAAUUAAUUAAUUUUCAUAAUUAGGUAAUAAAAAGUUUUUUUUAUUAUGUUAAAAAAUUACUUAUUUUUUGAUUACACGUUUUUAUUAUAAUUACAAACACAUUAAUUAUUUAUGUAUUUUACAAAGUAGUUUUUUACCAAUAAUUUUAAUUUUCAUGAAAUUAUUAAUAAUAUUACAUAAAUUAUUUUAAUUUUCUUAAAAUUAUUUGUAUAAACAUUAAUUCGCUACAAAUUAAAAAUAAGUUUUGAAAAUGAAGAAAAUUAAUUUAAUUUGAAGUUAAUAGUAACUAAUUGUUUAAGUUGCAAAAAAUAGCUAUUGGUUUAUAAAUCCUUGGAUUUUUGAAGAAACACAAAACUUAAUUUAUAAUUUUUUUUUUGAUUUUUUGAUUAAAUUGAGCAUUUUUGAAAACAAAAAUAAUUCACAUAAUUUUUGAUAUUAUUAAAAAGAGAGUUUUCCAAUUAACAACUUUUAUUUGCCUGAAAAUUAAAAAUAAAUGAAAUAAAAUUAUAAUUUAAAUUAGAUAUUAAAUAUUAUCCGUUUAAAAUGAAAAUGAAAUAUUUAAUACCAUACAAAAUUUUAAUUAGAUUUUUCUUAUUCAGUUGAGUCAAAUUGUAAAAUGAUCCAAAAUAAUGAUCCGUUUAAUUAAAAUAAUUAAAUGUGAAAACAUUUAAUUUUCCUAAUAACUAUUAUUUGUAAUAAAUAAUACUUAAAAACUUACCAAAUAUGCAUUAAAUUAUAAAAUUUGUCAUUAUAAUAUAAUUUUAGUUUGUAUAUUAGUUAUUAAAUAAAAUUAAUUUAUAAACUAAUUAAAAUUUUGUAUAAGUUUUUCGUUUGAUUAUCCGCUUAGCGCAAAAUGUGAGUAUUUAAAAUGUUUUAACAUAAUUAAAAAAAAGAAAAAGAAAAUAUAAUUAAAUAUUUAGAUGUAUUUAAUUUUAAUAAAAAAAAAAGUUGAAUAAUAAAAACCCAGCUUCUUGCACUUAUUAAAUUAAGUGGUAUACAUAGAUGUACUGAUUUUAAAUCAUGUAAAUUUAUUUUAAAAAUCUAUAUGUCAAAGAGAAAUUUAAGAUUGAUUGUGUGUCAAGACCAACACUAAAAUUUCGAUUUAUAAAACACCUCAUUAUAAUAAUCACAGAAGUUUAUUUUUUAGACAUAAAAUAAAAAAUGUUCAUAAGAAAUUAGAAAGUAUUGUUUACACAAAACUGAGUUUAAAAUUUUUAUAAUAUAAACAUUAAUUGAAGACGUGUUUUUUUUUUUAAUAAAAAAAAUUAUUUAUUAGUUGAAUGUUUGGUAAAAUUUUAUUUGAUGUUUCUUAAAUAAAAAAAGAAUUUUGUUUUGUUGAUUUUUCUUGAAUAAAGAAUGGGUUCAAAAUCGUUUUCCUUAAAAAUAAACAAAUAAUAUUUAUUCUUUUUUUAUUUUCCUGUCCUGUUUGGAAGCAAAAAUUGUUAAUGAAAAUAAACUAAAAAACAUUAUUUCCAACAGACUAUAUUAUGUUAAGAUCAUAAGAAAAUAAGAAAAUUUAAAAAUUUGCAUAAUUUUAAAAUUUAAAAAAUUUGUUGUAAAUUCAACUGCACAUUUAAAGUUCAUUUGUUACCAUAUAAUUUUAGCUGUUAGAAGUCAUUAGUUCAAAAUAUAUUUAAUUAAUGUAUUAUUAACUUCAUUGAGUUUAUAUAAACAUUAAGUUCAAUAAGACAUUAAAUAAAUUUAUAUUUUCUUGCGCUAAAAUCUUUAUUUUAAGUUUUAGUUUUAGGUCGAAAAUUAUUUACUUUAAUAUAUGUAUAUACGUUAAUAAAAUUAUUUUGAAAAAAAAAUCUUGUGAUUUUUUAUUAUUUCUUGAGGACGAGCAUGCUUUUGUAUAUUUGUUUUUUAGUUUAAAUUGUAUACAGAAUUUUGCACAUAAAUACCAUUUUUUCGAAAGCAGAAUAUAUUUAUAUUAUAUUUUUAAGUUGGCAAAAUUUAUGUACGUAGUAAUUAUUAUUUUUUAUAUCCCGAGGGUAUAAUAAGUUUGCCACGAUUUUUGCAACAACCAACGGAAAUGGCAGAGAUCCUAUAAAGUGUAGAUAUAAAUAAUCAGCGUGACGUGCUAAGUCGAUUUAGCGAUGUCCGUAUGUCUGUCCGUCUGUUUGUAUAUAUAGGAACUAGUUCCUCAGUUUUUGAGAUAUCGAUCUGAAAUUUUGCACACGGACUUUUUUCCACAAGAAGCUUUGUAUGGAAAGCCUUUUAAUUUGACGAGAUAUCUUCAAAAAAUUUGGCAUGAAUUAUUCUCUAUGACAGUGAUGCAAUCUCCGCGACAAUUGUUCAGAUCGGACCACUAUAGCAUACUGCUACUUUAGCUGACUUACAUACUUACCGAUCAAAGUUCUUAUUAGGAAUUGUUUGUAUUUUUUUUAUUAUUUUAUUAUUUUAUCUAUAUAUAUAUCUGUUUAUUACAAAUUUUUUGUUUUUUAUUAAAAUAAGAGUCAAUAUAGCUCUUAUAAAUUAUUUGCAUAAAACAAUUUUUGUUUUUGCAUUUGUAAUAUUUUUAUUUUAUUUAAAAUAUAGUAAAUGUAUAUUUGAUAGUAUAAAAAGUAGCUCGUUUUAUAAUGUCCCAUAAUAUCUUUUAUUUUAACUCUAUCAUUUCACAAAUUGGGUUUUCAACAACUCUUCGGCACUUAGAUUUAAAAAAAAAAAAAAAACUAAUCCAAAAAUAAUAAUAAUAAAUAAAGAAACUAAAUUAUUAAGCAAUUCCAAAAAAGGCAAAGAUUUAUUAAAUCAAAAUAAAUUAUUUUUUAAAAGCAUAAAUACUUCAAUAGAAACUUGUGUAUACUAAAUUUGCGACAACUAAGGUUUGAUUGAAAGAAAUCAAACAAAAUUUUUUAUUGUACAAAAAAAAAAAA